GGCCGUCGGGGUACUUUCGAAGCACCGUCAUUUUCGAUCCUGCGCACCGUCCUUUUCAAGCAGAAGGUAUCGAUGCCCUUUUGGCCCUAGUUCAGAGCCAUCGCUAGCUGUUGCAACGGCGUCGGCGUCAGUGGCGGCGUUGCCGAUUUUCCUGGAACUUCUGGGCACGGGGAAAAGGGAGAGGUACGCGCGCGCUCUUUCUCUCGCAAGGAGCACAUACAGGCAAGGGUGGCCAACCAAUUAAAUAUGGCGACCACGGUGGGGUGUGGCGCUUGCGCAUGCGUGCGGCGAGAGAGAGGGGAAGACGGGAAUCGCAGAGCGAUACAAGCGGCGACGAGAAGGAACCGGCCGGCGAGCAGAAAGAGGCGACGAGUGCUUGGCGUACGGUUUGUGUGGUGCGCGCUACCGUCUCUCGAGUUAGGCUACCCGGAGUGUACUUGCGAUCCGAAAGGAGGCGCAGCGCGGAAAUAGAAAAGAAACAAAGGGACGCGCAGGAGAGUGAUUUCCCCGGUGAGCUACGGAUAAGAGAAGAGAAGAGAGAGCGAGAGAAAGAGGAACGAGCGAAAGGCAAACAAUUAUAUAGGUACAAUGACGAUGUCAACCGAAACGGAGAACAACGGCCCCGAGAGCAAGGAGAUCAAGGACGUGAAGGAGCUGAAGGAGGCGUUGAAGGACGACGCGCCGCCGGACAACAAGCAGGAGGAGAAGGACGCGGCGAAGAAGGACGAGGCAGCCGGCAAGAAGGACGACGACGCCGCCGCGGCCGCCGCUGCUGGCGGCGCGAACGCGGCGCCGGCGAAGGCCAGCACCGUGCAUCACCCCGACUACGAGAAGGAUGUUGUUUACCUCUAUCAAUUCCCGCGGACGCCCUUGCUGCCGUCCUUAUCACCCUACGGUCUCAAGGUAGAGACGUGGUUGCGGCUCAACGGCAUCAAGUACGAGAAUGUUGAUCACAAGAUGAAAUUCCGCUCCAAGAAGGGCCAGCUGCCGUUCGUCGAACUGAACGGCGAGGAGAUCGCGGAUAGCACCAUCAUCCUGCGAGAACUGAGUCAGAAAUUCGGCAAGGAUCUGGACGCCGGGCUCACGUCUGAGCAGCGCAGCGUCUCCCACGCCAUGAUAUCGAUGAUUGAGAAUCACCUCGUUUGGGUUGUCGCGUGCUGGCGCACGAAGAAUCUGGAUCAAGUGCUGAAGGGCUACAAGGUCAAUCUGCAACUCGCUCUGGGAUCACGUAUACCCAACGCGAUUCUCAACUUCUUCUUCAAGCUCACGUUCGGACGCAAGUUGGAUUGGUUGCAGGGGGCGAGGAAAGUCAAGGCUCAAGGAAUGGGCGUGCAUAGUCCGGAGGAAGUGUCCCAAUUUGGCUGCACCGACCUCAAAGUGCUCUCGGACACGCUUGCUGACAAGCCUUUCUUCUUCGGGGACGAGCCGACUACCAUGGACGUGGUGGCGUUCGCGCAUCUCGCUCAAAUUCUGUACAUCGACAAAGACACGCCCUACAGCCUGCGAGAUUACAUGGUGGAGAACUGUCCCAACUUGGUCGGGCACUGCUCGCGCGUCAAGGAACGAUGCUUCCCGGAUUGGGACGAAAUCUGCUCGAGCCUGGACAUGAACACGCAUCUGCCGAAGCCCGAGAAGCAGGAGGAGAAGGAGGGCAAGGAGGAGGCGAAGGAGUCCAAAGAGUCCAAGGAGGAGAAGGAGGGCGAUAAGGAGAAGGCGGAUAAGGAGGAGAAGGAAGUCGAGAAGGACAAGGAGGUUGACGAGAACAAAGAAAAAGAGAAGGACGGCAAAUAAGCGGUCACGUUGUAAAAGGAAGUAAUAAGUCGUUUCAAGGAUUUAAAAGCGAAGAGUCGCGAAGAGGUGUGCUAACGAAUGGAUAGAGACGGAGAGAGAGUGGGAUUAGUUGAUGAUGGGCAAGAGUGUAUGCGUAUGCGUGUGGGUGAUUUGCGCGAAUGUGACGACGGAGCGAACGAGGACGGUGUGUAGAGAGCGCGUACGCGUAUGAUGAUGAGGGAAGGGAGUUGCCGGAAGUGAGAGAUUGUGCGUAUGUGUGUGUGCAUGUAUUUGUGUGCGUGCGAGAGAAAAAGAGAAUUGAGAGAGAAAGCGAGAAAGUGCGUAUGCAUGCGUGUAUGAUAGAAAGAGAGAGAGAGAGAGAGAGAGAGAGAGAAGAGAGAGAGAGAGAGAGAGAGAGAGGAGGAGAGAGAGAAGAGAGAGAUGAGAUUCGGGACUAGAGCUCUCUACUUAUACGUAUAGAUAUUAAAUAGACUCAUGUAUAAUGUUAAUACUUCGUUUAUAUACGUUCAACACGCGUCACGCGGUAUCUCACAUUUGACACACAUACACACACACACACGCACACACACACACACGUACACACACGAUUGGAACGACUAUUCUCUAACCCACGCCCUUUCUCCGUUCUGCGCUAAGGACAAACGAAAAAAAAAUAAAAUAAAAACGGGGCUAUCUCAUAAGUCAUUAGAAACGUAGGAUUGCAAUAUACGAACUGCAAUAGUCUGACGCAGCUGGGGUCUUUGUCGACAGUGGCCAAAUGCAAUAUAGCAUACGCUAUAAGAUACAAGUAGUUACGGAAGAAGAAGAAAAAAGAGGAAGGAAGGAGCGAAGGUAGGGUCGCGCGACGGCAUACCGAUCCCCGCCUUCCGGGCGAAGAGCGUCCCACUUCGCUUUUCUCGGAUGAUCCUUGCUGUGCAAAGUUACCUUGCGUCCCGCGCGCAAACGUAACACGAUCUUUCUUAUGCGUUUUUUUUUUUUUUUUUUUAUUUUAUUUUUAUUAAUUUAGUUCGCGUUCUCUUCUUACGUUCAUACGUGUAUCGCGCGUUUUACUUUCACGCAGCGCACCGAAUGGAGUUUUUAAACGAUUUUUUAACACGAGAUUUACACACGACAUAGAUAUAUAUGUAUCAUUGAGAGAUUGUCUAUUAAAAUCAUCUGAGGAAGUACCGUUGCGCGUCUCGUUAGCCGGUUCAUGGACGCGAUUCGAUACUUUCAUUAUCGAUUAAUGAUAAUAUUAAUAACAUUAAUAUUAAUGACGAUAAUAUUGAUAAGAGUGGCAACAAUAAUAAUAAUAUUAACCGUAAUAAUGAUAGUAAGGACGGUAUCCGAUGUCUGCGCGGAAAUAAGUGUCAGGUCAUCGAUCGACUGAAUUACUUCUCUCGUGUUCUUUUAACAAUCGCGAGUCGAGUCACGCCAAUUGACCAGCUAGCAACGGAUGUCCUCAGACAGCCUAAUGUAGAAUGCAAAUGGACUUGACAAGCCGGUACGGGAAAGUAGUUUGAUCCGCUCUUCCGUUUGGCCGCAAUUCCGUUUGCAUUUCAGCAUCAUCAAGCACCCGCGCGCGCGCGCGCGCGCGUGCACGCGCACAAAUUUUUAUUUUAAUGACGCUACUCAUUCCUGUAUUUUGUAUCGAAUUACGGACGUGUGUAAUCGCUUUUGCAAUCUUUUCACGACGAUAUUUUAGACGAGUGGAGUAUAGAACCGCGAUAAGCGAUGGACGGCACAUAUUACUAUUAUUUGUAUAUUAUAGAUAUAUAUGUAUUACGUAGACGCGAAUGCAGUCGGACUUAGGAGGAGGAUGCCAUUCGUGUAUAGCGGAGUCGUAAUAUUUCGUCCCUUUUCCCCGUCCCCCGCCCGUCCCUCUUGCUCCCUCCGCGUAUUCUUUUGUAUUUUUUUCUUUUAGCGAAGAGGCACAGGUAACGUUUUGAUCUCUCUCUUUUUUUCCCCCUCUUUCGGUACUCAAAACACUGUGCUGCCCACGCGGUAUUUUAUCGAUACGAUUUUUCGGACGUGUUAAGGAAAAUUUACCUUGCGUAAUACAAAGUGUCUUUCACGCAUCGAAAAUCGACAUUUGAUGUAUUAACGGGAAUUGAAGUUUUUCUAUGAACUGCGUAGCAGCUGCGUAGUUUUUCUACGGCAGCUGAGCAUAUUCCACGAAGACACGAGAUAUAUUACAUUUAAGUAGCUUUUACUAUAUUAUUGAUACUGAUUAUGAUCAUGUAAUGAAACAAGAAGAUAAAAAAAAAAUGGAAAAAAAGAUUUAGAUGGAUGAUGCUGUUUAUACUUAGGACGGCGCAUAUGUUUUCACCUGUGGUUACAUAUUAUUAUGGAUUAUUACGUACGCGAAAUAUAAAUAAUAUAAAAGAAAAAAAGAUUAGAGAAUGAAAGAAACAUUUGGACAAGACCAUAAACGUUGCAAGCACGGUAGGUAGGCCCACCCAAUACAGUAAGAUUAUUAUAAGAGGAAUAUUAAUAAUUAUUAUAAUAUGACUGCUCGUUUUAUGCUCGGCGCUAUACAUUUCAUUGUCAUUAUUAUAUCACCAUUUAUUAACGAUAUACAUACGAACAAAUAAAAUGUGUUUAUAAAUAUAAAGUAAA